GCCGGAGCAUCCAUUCUGCCGCUCGCGAGCGCUCCGGGGAGACGGAAGGGACGGAGAGAAAAAAGGACGACGGAGAUGCGAUCCACGCCAGGCGGGAUUUUGGCUCAAGCUUGAUGAGGACCAGAGGACCGGGUCUGGAUCUUUGUAAACCCGCAACUGCAGCAGCUUCUUCUCAGCCCUGUUAGCGGAUCAGAGAAGAGAACCGCCGGACUCCUGCAGAGGACGUGUUGAAAAGGUUUUACUGGUGCUACUGUGAACAAACCAUGACCCUGAAUGCCUCAGACCUGGGCUGGGAGGAGUCCUCCGGUCUGGACCCUCUCUUUCCACUGGAUCAACAGGAAAGCUUGUCCCCCCCUAAAGUCCUGCCUCUCACCGUUUGGGGCGUGGCCCUGUGUGUUUCGGGAACUCUCAUCGCCGCCGAGAACGCCGUUGUCAUCACCACCAUCUUGGCCACGCCGUCUCUUCGGGCGCCGGUCUUCUUGCUGCUCGCCAGCCUCGGGCUGGCCGACCUCCUGGCGGGCGUGGCGCUCAUCCUGCACUUCCUCUUCAGCUUCUGCGUGGAGCCCAGCGACCGGUCGGAGCUGCUGACCUCGGGACUGCUGGUGACCUCUCUGACCGCCUCGCUCUGCAGCCUCAUGGGCGUCGCCCUGGACAGGUACCUGUCUCUGAGCCACGCCCUCACCUACGGCUCGGGCCAAUCGCGUCGCCGCGCCGCCUCCCUCCUGCUGCUCGUCUGGGCGGCGGCCUGCGUCAUCGGCGCGGGACCGGCGAUGGGGUGGCACUGCCUCGAGGAGCCGAACUCCUGUUCUGUAGCACGACCUUUGACCCGGACAUAUCUAUCACUGCUUUGUGGGGGGUUUCUUAUUAUAGUCAUGAUAACCUUGCAACUGUACGCUGGGAUCUGUCGCGUGGCAAGGCGACACGCCCACGCCAUCGCCACCCAGAGGCACUUCCUUCCCACCAGCAACCAAUAUGCAAGCAAACACGGCAGCGGAAAGGGUUUCUCYCGGUUGAUCGUGGUCCUGAGCGUGUUUGUGGGCUGCUGGAUGCCUUUCUCCCUCUGGGGGCUGUUGGGCGACGCGUCCAGCCCGCCUCUGUACACCUAUGCCACCCUGGUGCCAGCUGCAGGCAGCUCCCUGCUCAACCCCAUCCUCUACAGCCUGAGAAACAAAGACAUUCGCAAGGUGCUCCUCCACGCCUGCUGCCCUCACAGAUGCUCACGCAGCACGCACACUCACCACCCCGUCGACGUGUAGACCGCCUUAACGCCCCUGCCGUGGAGGCAACACACAAUCCAUGCCAAACAUAUCACUGUUUAUGUGCCAAAAGACACGCACCCUCCCACACACAAGCAGCAUUUUUCAGAGAUUAAGUCCUCCAAAAGCAGAAUGUACUGAACUGUCCUUGCUGCCCGCCAAGUUGGGACUAAACGUACUGUCCGGUGUUUACAUCGUGCCUCAGUCGACUGUAGCUCCGAUGGAUCCCUUACAAUGAAAGCAAUCACAGCGAUGCUACAGGUUUGGAUUAACGAGCACUUUAAGGGGAGAAGCACUGGGUUUUAAAUCGAAGGCCUAACAGAUGUGAUCCAAAGCCCAGUUUYAUUUACUUGAAUUUCCGGAGAACAAAAAUGUUGUAAAUCUGUGGGAAUAUAUUUUGCACAUGCUGAUAAAAGCACUUUGAAAAAGUACUGACCAUAUGUUAUUUCAUUCUUUUUCUUUUUUGGGCUGCACAACAUUUUUGAAAUGGAUGAAUAUUUUAUACUGAUGAAUAAUAAAUGAGCUCUUUUUUUACACCGUAUGAUGUCAAGACUGUUCUCUUCACUGCUGCCGAGGCUUUUAGUGCGUUUGUCUUCUCUCACUUUUUAGACCACUCUAAAUUAUUUGGCGUGUAUUAAAAAUACCCAGCAGAUUGAGGGAGAAAAAUAUCACAACAUCGUGGGGAUUCAGGGAUUACGUAAGAUGUUUCUCUCACUCUGAACUUCAAACUCCCCCAACACUUAUCAGCUCUGUAAAGGAAAAAAAAGUGUCCACCACUCAUGUAAACAGGAUGAGUCAUGGACUUCAAAACACGUUAUUUCAUGCAUUUUAGCAGAAAAAUCUAUCCCCACAUUCUCAAAGAACUUUAAACCAUUUCAGUUUCGCAUAAUAUUUAUUGAAAUAAAUCAUUAGGAAACCUAAAAAAAAAGAAAAAAAAUUGGCUAAGCAUGCUGUGAUUGUGCUGUAAAACUGGCAGAUAAAAGGCACUUAAUUUAUCAAAUGAAGCAGUUAUUUUACUCAGGACCAGUAAUAAUAAGGCACAGGCACUGAAAAGCAGUAGAAAAAGGCACAUGAGG